AUAAUCCGGUCAUUCGUUGGUCCUGGUCUCUCCGCCAUUUUCGUUUGUUGGUGUCGCAGAGGUGUUUGGCGUAGUUAUUCUUUACACUACGUUCGGGUGAUUCUUGAACGUUAUCGAAGAGAACACAUCAUUUAGCAAGACACUAAAACUGCGCGAUAAAAUGUCCACCGAGCAGGCUGAAAAGACCGACGUUAUCGAACAAACAGGCCCGCCGCCGCCGCAGCAGCAGCAGCAGCCUCCCCCUCAGCAGCAGCAGCAGCAGCCGCCGCAGCAACAGCAACAACCGCCGCCAGGAGAAGUGAACGGGAAAGCUAAACAUGAGCCCAAUUCAAGCAGGAAGGAGAGGCCCCAGAAGAGAGGUGGAGGAGGAGGGCGAUAUGAACCCUAUGGAAACGUCAACAAAAGAUACCGCGUUUUUGUCAGCAACAUCCCAUACGAUGUCAAAUGGCAAGCGCUCAAAGACCUGAUGAAAGAAAAAGUGGGUGAGGUAACGUACGUGGAACACUUAAUGGACGCAGAAGGCAAAUCGAGGGGUUGUGCCGUGGUUGAGUUUAGGACUGAAGAGCUGAUGAAGAAAGCAGUGGAGAAGGUUAAUAAGCACAACCUGAAUGGACGACCCUUAAAAGUGAAAGAGGAUCCUGAUGGCGUGAUUGCUCAGAGAGAGAUGAACAAGACUCCAGGUGGAGGACAUCCAGGAGGCCACGGUGGAAUGGGCGGGAUGGCCGGCAUGGAGCGCAUGGGUGGAAUGGAGCGCAUGGGUGGAAUGGAGCGCAUGGGAGGAAUGGACCGCAUGAACAUGGAGCGAAUGGGCCCCGGACCAAACGGCUCCAUGGUCAACAUUCCCCCAAGCCUGAUGAACAACCCCAACAUCCCCAACGAGAUCAUUCAUGGUCUGCAGGCUGGCAGGAUUGGCAGCACUGUCUUUGUGGCUAAUCUCGACUACAAAGUGGGCUGGAAGAAGUUGAAAGAGGUAUUCAGCAUGGCCGGCAUGGUGGUGAGGGCCGACAUUCUGGAGGACAAGGAUGGGAAAAGCAGAGGCAUGGGAACUGUAACAUUUGAUAUGCCCAUUGAAGCAGUCCAAGCUGUCUCGAUGUUUAAUGGGCAGCUGCUAUUCAACAGAGUCAUGCACGUCAAACUGGAUGAGAAAUCCCUGCCCAAGGAUUUUGGACCCCCUGAAAGAGCUGCUUCUGCUCUUCCCCGUGGCCUGAGUGGUAUUGGUUUGGGCCUGGGACCUGGUGGCCAGCCCAUUGAUGCUACCCAGCUCAAUAGAGGAGGAGGAGGAGGUGGCGUAGGAGGUGCUGGAGGAGGAAUGGGCAACAUUGGGCCUGGAGGAAUGGAUGGGAUGGGCUUUGCUAACAUGGGAGGUCGUAUGGGAGGAGGCGGUGGUGGAGGCGGUGCUGGCAAUGGCAGUGGAGGAGGAAUGGACAACUUUGGAGGAAUGAACAACAUGGAGCGUUUUGGUUCUUCGGGCAUGGGCAGAAUGAACGAGAUGGACCGUGGGAUUGGUGGUGCUUUUGACAGGGAGUUUGGGCGAAAUGAAAUGGGAAUGUCUCGCAAUAAUUUUGGUGACUCCUUUGAAAGAGGAAUGGGAAACUCUCUGGGGAUGGACCGCAUGAGCUCUGGGAUGGACCGCCUGGGAGGCAACAUGGACCGCAUGGCAGGGAUGGAUAGGAUGGGGAUGGACCGGAUGGAACGCGGGUCUGACCUGGACAGGUUGGGUUCUGGUUUUGACCGGAUGGGCGCAGGGAUGGACCGGCUAGGGCCCAGCAUGGACCGACUCGGACCCGGUCUGGAUCGUAUGAGCUCCAACAUGGACCGCCUCGCCCCAGCUGGGUUUGACCGACUGGGCCCGUCUGGUUUGGAUCGCAUGGGAUCCCAACUGGACUUUGGCUCCCCGAUGGGUAUGGAUCGCAUGGGCAACGCUGGGAUUGACCGAAUGCCCACCGGAUUCGACCGCAUCGGCUCCACUGGAGGACUCGACCGCUUCCCUGCCGGUGGCAUUGACCGCAUGAGCUCUGGCAUGGAACGGAUGGGGUCUGGAGGUGUUGGCGGUCAGUUUGACCGGGCCGCUGACUUAGACCGUGGAUUUGGCGGGAAUUCUUUUGCUGGAGCCGGAGGGCCUGGAGCUGGAGGAAGCAAUAUCAGAAAGGGAUGCCAGAUCUUUGUCAGAAAUCUGCCAUUUGACUUCAACUGGAAGAUGCUGAAGGAUACGUUCAACACAUGCGGUAUGGUUCAGUAUGCUGAUAUUAAAAUGGAGAACGGCAAGUCCAAGGGCUGUGGUGUGGUGCGCUUUGACACCCCCGAAACUGCUGAGCGUGUCUGCCGAACCAUGAAUGGCUAUCGGCUGAAUGGAAGAGAAAUUGAUGUUAGGAUUGAUAGAAAUGCAUAAAUUGUCUAUCAGCCGAUCAUGACGAUUAAUUUAGUCCAUGAAAGCCCAAGCGCUAUGUAUCCUCUAAAUUUCUGUUAGAAAUUCAUAUUGUAUUCACUUGGUUUGUUAGGUACUCCCAAGAGUAAAAAAUAUUUUAGUUUGUUUGUUUUGCCACAGUGAAAGUGUUUUUAGUUUUUGAUUCUGUUUUACUUUUUGUUUUUAGAGACCAAAUAACCCUUUUAAUUUUGUUUUCCUGUCCUGGUUCACCUGUCAUUGCCUUUUGUUCUGUAUGGUGUUUUGAUAAUAAACCUCCAGUAUUUGAAAUGA